AUGGACAAGUUUUUAGGAGUCUCAGAAAGUGGAUCAGCCAAAUGCGUCAUCUGUGGGCAUGUUAACAAAUCCUGUGGAAACACCACAAAUCUGUUCAAUCAUUUGAAGCGGGCUCAUCCGACUGUGCUCAGCGUUCCAAAAGGCGUAGCAAGGAUUGCGGACUUUUUCGACACUAAUUCAAAGAAAACGUACGAAAAUGGCUCAUUCCGGAAAUCUUCGCUGGACAAGGCUCUUAUUUCGAUGAUCGCUACAGACCUACAGCCUUUCAGGAUUGUGGAGGGCGCAGGAUUCCGCAAUUUUGUCUACUGUCUGGACCCGCAAUACACUUUACCCUGCAGGAGGACAUUAAAUGAUGUCUUAUUGUCAAACAUGUAUGAAGAUAUAUUUGACAUCAAAAGCGCAGUCUUGUGCACAAGCAAACUGCUAAACGAUUUGGAUCACAUGAGCGAAAACAUUGCUAGCUCUCUUCACGAGGUUCUCUCAGAGUGGGGUGUGGCCAGCAACGUAUCUGCCAUUGUGACAGAUAAUGCUUCCUCCAUGAUCAAGUCCUGCUCAAUUGUAGGAAAACGUCACAUGCCUUGCUUCGCCCAUACCUUGAAUCUCAUCAUGCAGGAAUCCUUACAGUAG